AUCGGGAUAUGUUAUUCGGAUAAUGCCAUAGUUUAUGGAAAGUUUCUCCGGGAACCGGCAGACGAUAAAAUCGGAAGUAUAUUCGAAAAGAAACUGUCAAAGUGAAGAGACACUCUCUGUUUUCUCCUUUUAAAGAAGACCACAAGAAUCGGAGAUGACUACUUACACCGAUAAAGGUCCAAAGCCCGAAAAAGGGAGAUUUCUGCAUUUUGACCACAUCACAUUUUGGGUUGGAAAUGCCAAACAAGCAGCUUCCUAUUACUGCACGAAGAUGGGUUUCGAGCCUUUGGCCUACAGAGGACUGGAAACAGGGUCGAGAGAAGUAGCUGCCCAUGUGGUGAAACAGAACAGGAUUAUCUUCGUGUUUAUGUCCCCUUACAAUCCCGGAAACAAAGAAAUGGGUAACCAUCUCGUGACUCACGGAGACGGAGUGAAAGAUAUCGCUUUUGCAGUGGAAGAUUUAGAUGCGAUCGUCGAGAGAGCUAAACUGAGGGGUGGCAAAAUCGUUCGAGACAUUUGGGAAGAGAAGGACGAAGGCGGUACUGCUCGAUUUGCUGUGGUGCAGACCUUUGGAGACACCACUCACACGUUCAUCGAAAGAGCCAACUACCACGGUUUGUUCUUGCCCGGAUAUAAGCCACCGAUACAAAAAGAUAUCAGCCUCAAAAGCUUGCCUCCAGCUGGAUUGGACUUUAUUGAUCAUUGUGUCGGAAAUCAGCCCGAUGACCAUAUGGUUCCAGUUUCCGACUGGUACGAGAAGAGUUUGAUGUUCCAUCGAUUCUGGUCCGUGGAUGACAAACAGAUCCAUACGGAAUAUUCCGCUCUGCGAUCGAUCGUCGUCACCAACUACGAGGAGACCAUCAAGAUGCCCAUCAACGAACCAGCUCCCGGGAAGAAGAAGUCCCAGAUUCAGGAAUAUGUUGAUUAUUACGGUGGACCUGGAAUCCAGCACAUUGCCUUGAACACAAAAGACAUCAUAAAAGCGAUAACAAAUCUCCGAGCUCGUGGAAUGGAAUUUUUGACCAUACCAGACACUUACUACACAACCCUUAAGGAAAAGCUGAAAAGUUCUAAAGUAAAAAUAACCGAAGAUAUGAAUCAGCUGCAAAAACUGAGCAUUUUGGUGGAUUAUGACGAUAACGGAUACUUGCUCCAGAUAUUUACCAAACCGAUGCAAGACAGGCCCACUCUGUUUCUGGAGGUAAUACAGAGACACAAUCACCAAGGUUUUGGCGCUGGAAACUUCAAGGCGUUGUUCGAAGCCAUUGAAGCUGACCAGGCUGAGAGAGGAAACUUGUAACAUGUGACUCGGGAAACGACGAAAAAGAAGACGAAAAAUCCAUCAUUUUAGAGCAUCAACCAAGAAGAAUAUUUUUCGAAUGUAAGGGAAUAUAUACAAAAAAAAAAAAAAAAAAAAAAUCUCGACUGUUUUGUAGAAUUUUAUUUUAAUCUGUUUGACGAAAGAAUUAAAAAUAAUGGAUUUUGAAGUAGUUCUCAAAAAUCAAAGGAUUCUAUGUCAUUUAUGCCUAGAUGAUUGUGACAAUGAAAAAAUUCUUUCAGAUCAUGAUUUUAUUCUCAAAUUGCAAUAAUUCAUUUUUUAAAAAUAUUAAUAGUAAACUUACAAUUUGAUGGCAAACUUUAUUAAUGUAUCUAUCAGAAACUUUUUCAAUUUUGAAUAAAGAUGUAUCAUUUUGUCUGGC